GUCUAAAGUCACGAGUUUUUGUUUUUGUGAUUCAUUUAAUCAUUGUUCAACAUCAAAGGGGAAGGGUUAACAAUGUGGUUUCCAGUCGUGUUUAUCCUUUCAGUUUUAUUUUGUUUUGGAACUUGUCAAUUUCCACCGUUUAAUGAAACGUGUAUUUACAAUGCAUAUCCUCCAAAUAAGACUCAUGCAGUUUCAUGGUAUACCAUAAACUUAGACUUACCAGCAAAGCAAAGAUGGACUCAAGUUGGUCAAGAUAAAAAAGUGGAGAUCAAGAAGCUUGUGGACACAUUUGUUGACUUUGCCAAAGCAUGGAGUGAGAAUGCCACUGGAAAAGUCAUUAAUUAUCUAAUCAAAGAAGGGAGUAAAUUAGAUGAUACACUACCACAACCUUAUGCUGAUGAGAUGAGAGGUUUGGCAGAUGCUACAGGGAUACCACUAGGAGAAAUUGUGCUGUACAACAUAUUUUAUGAAUUGUUUUCUGUGUGUACAUCCAUUGUGGCAGAGGACCCAUCUGGAAAACUAUUCCAUGCAAGAAAUCUUGACUUUGGGCUGUUCCUGGGUUGGGACACCAGAACAAAAACUUGGGAAAUAACAGAUACCCUGCGACCUACGAUCGUCAAUCUGGACUUCCAAAGAGGAGGAAAAACUGUCUUCAAGUCUGUUAACUUUGCAGGAUACAUUGGAAUCCUUACAGCCAUCAAGCCAGGAAUUUUUACAUUGACUAUGAAUGAGAGAUUUGGUCUGGAUGGUGGAUAUAUUGGAGUCAUUGAAUGGAUUCUGGGAAUCAGAACAGGGAAAUGGAUGGGAUUUUUGACCAGAGAGACAAUGCUAAAUGCUGGUUCUUACCAGGAGGCAGUAGGCAUGCUGUCUAAGACAGAGAUGCUGGCCCCAGCCUACUUCAUAGUGGGAGGCAACAAGUCGGGAGAGGGCUGUGUAAUCACCAGAUCUCGUGAGGCAGCCAUUGAUGUAUGGGAGAUGAAGAAAGCCAAUGGUUGGUACAUUCUGGAGACAAAUUAUGACCACUGGGAAAACCCCCUUUUCUUAGAUGACCGGCGUACUCCAGCCCACAGAUGUAUGCAGAAAACUACAUCACAGAAUGUGUCAAUCAAAGGAUUAUUCAAUGUAUUGUCUUCAAAGCCUGUUUUGAAUAAGUUAACUACUUACUCAGCUGUGAUGCAAGUCAAUUCUGGUCACCUGGAGAGCUGGCUCCAGUAUUGUCCUGAUCCUUGUCAGCCAUUUUAGUCUAGGACAACAAGCAGACGACAAAACAUUCCAUAGCUAUGUGACUGUGAUAAAGAUAAUACUCACAAUGCAAUACUUAUAUAGUUUUUUUUUUUUAAUUUGUACUCUUCAAAUCAUAAGCUGAAUUUGUUUGAAGUCAUCAUAAUAUUUAUUCUCAUGUCAGAUAUUUAUUUAUCCAAUAUU